AUGACAGAGGGGAAGCAACAGCUGUUCCUUCAACGUGUCCUUUUCUCUUUUGACUUGGCAAAGAGAAAAGCUGGAAAGGCCCAGAUUUUGCGAAUGAGCACCACGGAGUGGCAGCAGGAGGCUGACAUUUGCUGCCUGGGUGGCUAUGUCUUAGAGAAAAUGAGGUCAGCCAGAACCUCUGACAAUCUCGUCCUGUUCAAGAAGACUACCACCGAUAUGGUCAGGAGCAGGUUCAUUGAGGGGGAUUUCCAUGACGACCUCAAGCCCCUUUUGGAAAGCAAAGAUGCUCUCUUCAGCCCAGAAGAGGUGAGUAUGUGGUUCGAGAACCUUCCAAAAAAGGUGGAUCCGGCGGCUUCACAGGAGACCCUAUCCAAAGCGGAUUGCAAAAUUGAAGCGCUUCAACUUCAGCAGUCCAAAAUGCAGUUCGAGGCAGAUGCAUUGUCGCUGGCAAGGGACGCCACGCAGAUUGCAGCCCUUUAUCAAAAGGAAAUGAAAAACGAGAGGGCCAAUCGUCUAGCAAAAGUGACGCAUCUAAAGCAGCAAAACCAAAUGGGUUCCAAUUUGGUGAUGCAGCACAUGAGGAAGAACUGCCGUCACGUUGGGGGACCUAUCACUGACUUGAGCGAUGAGAUUUUGAAGGAUGAACUGAACAACUCCAUCACCAUGCUGUCAAAGGCGCUCGCAGCACUUCCGGAGAAAUCCAUCGGCUUCGUCAUUGCACCUCAUGCCCAGUGUGUCCGCGAGUUGCUUCCAUGGACACCAGAGAGCCAAUAUGAAGUCCCGACUGCAGAGGUGGUAUUGCAUGCUUCAGAAGGAAGCAGGGCGCUCUCAAGCAACCAAGAGACUGCACAAUUGCUGGCGGGGCCUGCAAUGCCCACCGCCGUCCUCCAGAGCCUCUUAUCCGGGGCUGAUGUUGGAAGAGUGGUUGGCAUCCUGAACCUGUCCCCAUAUGACGGGUGGCUGGAGAAGGUCGCGUUGAAAUGGAGCCCACGUUCACAGCGACUGGAAGAAAUGGGUGACGACAUCAGGAAGUAUGACCAAACUCCACCUCCGCUUGCUGAAAUCGCUUUGGAGACUGUGACCCUGAAGUUGGCUGAGGUCACCAAGGAUGACUCAAGAAAGGGUAGGUUCAAGGUCACAUUGACCAACGAGGUGAGGUCUCGACACCUAUCUGAUGUGGUUCACGCUGCUGACUGGAAGCGUUUGAUCACCGAUUUCGACACCAAGUUCUGUGGGAACAUGGCAACCGUGGAGGCCGAAGAAACCCAGAUUGUGCCUGCUGAAGAGAAAGAAGAGGAACUGCCUGAAUGGACCUCGGAGCCAAAUGAUGUGCAGUCUUUGAUGGACAAGUACAUUCUGGAGGCCAAAUGUCCAGGACGACUACCUGGAACAACGUUGAUGCUUGUCCAAGCCCAGGGACGAGAUGGAAGCACCACAGACAUUGUGGCAUCACAGAAGUACAAACUGUUCCUGGUAUGUCACCAAGAUGAUUUGGAGCUCUCCCUCGCAGAGUUUGAAAUUGGUCAUGGGAAAUCAACAUUCCUCAAGGCAGACAAGGUGGCAAAACUUCAACGUGAAGGUGUUGGCAGUGGCACAGGCACGCCAAUUAGUGAAGUUGAAGUCUGA